AUGCGGAUAACGGUGUGGAACAUCAACGGUCUGCGGACGCUGAAGGGCUACCAGCCAUGGUACAAGCUGCCGGACUGGGAGGCGUGCCUGGAGCAUCUCGGUGCAGACAUUGCAUGCUUCCAGGAGACCAAGAUGACGCGCAAGCAGCUCACGGAAGCCAUGUGUAUCCUGCCCUCCUACAACGCCUUCUUCAACUUUCAUCCUACCAAGGGCUAUUCGGGCACGGUCACCUACGUCCGCAAGUCGGCUUCGAUCCCGCUCAAAGCGGAGCAAGGUAUCACAGGUCGUCUGUGCGACACUCCCGCGCCCUCCAACCCGGCGGUACCGAACGAGCCCGUCGGUCAUAUUCCCACAGAUAUGCGCGAUGAUGUAGAGCCUCAGCUGUGGCAGGCGCUUGACGACGAAGGACGUGCAGUAGUUGUGGACCUCGGUCUGUUCGUGCUGUUCAACGUGUACUGCCCCAACGAAACGGGCCCAGAGAGGCUCGAGUACAAGAUGACCUACUACCAGUGUCUCGCCGAGCGCGCACACCGUCUCAUCGCCGCGGGCAGGAACGUCAUGAUCGUAGGCGACAUGAAUAUCAUCCGCGACCCCAUCGACCAUUGCGAUCCAGAACAGAGCAUGCGCGAAAACGGCUGGGACCACUUCCACCAACACCCUGCGCGUGCGUGGUUCGCCUCCUUCCUCGCCCCACAGGGAAAGUUUCACGACGUCGGAAGGAUGUUCCACCCGGAGCGCAGGAAGAUGUUUACGUGCUGGAAUACACUCAUCGACGCCCGCCCGGCCAACUACGGCGUGAGGCUCGACUAUACCUUGGUGUCCGAAGGUCUGCUGCCUUGGAUCAAGGGCGCAGAUAUUCAGCCCGACAUAUACGGAAGCGACCACUGCCCGAUCUACAUCGAUCUGCAUGACGAGAGGGAGGUCGACGGCAAGACGGUCAGGCUCGCGGAGCUGAUGCACGGCGGUGCGACACGGUUGCCGCCUGCACUGGCGGCGUGCCACUACGACGAGUUCUCGGGCAAGCAGCGCAAGCUCGCGUCGUUCUUCAGUGCUGCUCGCACUCCAGCCAUCAAGCGGACUGAACUUCCGGCCGCGUCGCAUGCGCGGAAAGAUGCUUCGUCCCAACGGACAGAGUCUGCCUCUGUUUGUGCACCAGCUGCCGGACUUGCACUUUCUCAAGCACGGGACAAUCAGCACGCACCGACGCCGGGAGAACCCGAGGCCGAGUCGAGCUCGUUGGUCGAUUCGUUGUUUUCGCUACACUCGCAGCAAGAGGGGUUGCAUGUCGAGUGCGCGUCGCCGGCGCCUCGUAGCGAGCAAGCUGCUGCGCUCCCCUCGACGCCCUCGCCGACCAAGCCGGAUCCAGUUCAGACAGCGUCGCCUGUAGCAUCGGUACCGGCUCGCCCGUCCGUGGUACCACGCAGAGACUCGUCUGCGGAGGCAUCGCCGACAAAGCGGAACGGAGGCUCGCCAAAGCGCGCCGUUGCGAGUAAGGGUAAGGAUAGCGCCAGAGGCAAGCCUGCGGCGGGGCUCAAGGGCCAGACGAGUCUGCAGGCGUUCUUUGCACGUCCAGCAUCCUCCUCCUCUACCGCAGCUGGCUCAGAUUCUGGCACGACUGAGCAGGCCCCGCCCUCGCAGCCAAGCGAUCAAGUGGACAGCGUCGGUGCAUCGGCUGACGCUUCUGAUGCGGGGUGCGAUAUGCCAGACGACGAUGCGAUUCAGGAGUUUCAGGACCAAGCGUCCGCAUCUCCCCCGCGCCCCGCUGGCUCGGAGCAGUCGGCAACGGACCGGAUCGGCGCUUCGCUCGCAUGGGGCGCCAUCUUCUCGCCCCUCCCACCUCCGCUGUGUCGGCACUCGGAAGCGUGUCGAGCAUGGACGGUGAACAAGCCGGGUCCGAACCACGGACGCAAGUUCUGGCUCUGUUCGCGCCCCGUCGGCCCCGGAUACGAAAAGACGGGCCGGGCCAAGGGCGAUGUGAACCCAGAGUAUCGGUGCAACUUCUUCCUGUGGGACUCGGAACGCCGUGCGGAAGCGUCGCGCGCCCGAAAGCAAGCCCCGGCCUCGGGUCCCAAGUUCUUCGCGGAAGUAGGCCGGGAUCGACAAAGUCACAAACGCGACCAAGAUGACGGGCCCGAGAUCGGCACGCCGUGGGGACCGCAUAAACGCGUCCGGUCCGAUAGCACAAAGUAG